AUGGAAUCCAAACCAACCUUCUUCUUCUUCUUCUCAAUCCUCCAUAUCUUGUCCUUGGCGGUCGCCUCUGAUCAUAACUCCACCACCCAACUCCUUGAUGUUCUUCUCCAGGACAGGGCAUUCAGGGCAGCUCAACACCGCCCCAUGACAGGAGAGCUCUUCAAUAUCAGCCUCCCUUCCAUCCUGGCCGGAGUGAGGGUAUCCGUGGUUCGUCUUAGAAGCAAUACAUUGUGGCGUGAAGGGGCGAAUUUUUGCGAUUUCGUCAUCCCAAGAAGGACUCUCCCUUUUCCAUACGUCAGGAGAAUCCUAAUAUCCUUCCAGGAUUUCGGAAAUAGAUCAUCCGAAUUCUUCAAAUUGAAUUUGACUGAUUUCAUGUUGGUCUCAUCCGUCGUAAGCCUCAGGACCUACGACGCGACCAAUUUUAGUAAUGGCCCGACCAAGGUGGGGCUCGACACCAUGACCCAGAAGAUUAUGGUCCGGUUAUCGGGCUUCAAGGUUUCAGAGGAUAAUAAUAAGAAGAUCAAAUGUGCAAAAUUUGGGUCGAAAGGGAAUAUUGAUUUGAGUGAUGUGGGCUCGGGAAGGGAGUGCUAUGGUGAUGGGAAAGAUGGGUAUUUUUGCCUUGUCGUACCUUCUAAAGGUACGGUGGAUUCCGGGUUGUGGGUUGUUGUUGGGUUGGUGAUUGGGUUUGCCGGGUUGCUGUUAUUUGGCUUUUGCGGGUUGAUGGUAGUUUGGAUAGUGAAGGUAAAGAAAAUACAUGAGAUGGAAAAGGAGGCUGAUGAUGGACUGGUACUAAGGACUGUUUGGAUUGGUGGAAGCAAAAUGCCAUCUGCCGUGAAUAUAAGAACUCACCCUAUUCUCGAAAAUGCACCUUGAGCUUUCACCAACCAGAUGUUUGUGUCUAAAGU